UGGUUGGACUGGUGAGGUUUGGAUCUUGUUUCUGUAUCGUCAUGUUACACUCAGUGCAGCAGUAUAUAACCCAGGUGAACACCGAGUAAGAUCUCCCUGUCCAGCCACCUCCUUAAGGCAUGAAUGAUUGAGCAUCGGCCCGCGCUGCCCUGAGUCAAGAUGAUGAGGAAGAGUGACUCAAUGCUGCAUCACCAACACGUCUCUAGCUGCACUGUGCUGCAUGAGUGAGCUACUGAAAACCAGGGGAGAAUACAGUGUGUUCUCAGGCAGUAGUAUACAAGCUGGACUUCUGCCAACUAACCUUCAACAAUCAAGUGUUUACAUGAUUACUGAUUGUCUUGAUGCAAGCAGACACAGGAGGAUACGCCGUUCCUUCCUUCGAGUUUUGUGUUUUUUACAUUAGUUUGGAUCCUCUUUGAAAAUCCACAUCAGAAAAACAACUUCGGAAAUGCAGGGUCAGCUGGCCAUGGAGGGAGCCCUGACCGCCAGGGAUCGGGUUGGAAUACAGGAUUUUGUGCUUUUGGAUGAAACCACAGACGCAGCCUUCCUAAGCAACCUCACAAAACGCUUCAGCAAAGAUCUCAUCUAUACCUACAUUGGCACAUUGCUGGUGUCGGUGAAUCCCUACAAAGAACUGGACAUCUACAAUAACAAACAGAUGGAUCUUUACAUGGGGGUCAACUUUUUUGAGCUUCCACCACACAUCUACGCUUUGGCAGACAACGCCUACCACACCAUGCUGACAGAAUUCAACAAUCACUUCAUCCUCAUCUCUGGAGAGAGCGGAGCGGGAAAGACAGAGGCCUCCAAAAAGAUUCUGCAGUAUUACGCUGUCAGCUGUCCGAGCACCACUCUGCUCAACACCGUCAGGGACAAAAUGCUCAUGUCCAACCCGGUCCUUGAGGCUUUCGGCAAUGCCAAAACAUUGAAAAAUGACAACUCAAGUCGCUUUGGGAAGUAUAUGGACAUUCAGUUUGACAGCCAGGGGGAUGCGGUCGGAGGCCAUAUCCUGAACUACCUGCUGGAGAAGUCGAGAGUCGUGCAUCAGAAUCACGGGGAGAGAAACUUCCACAUCUUCUACCAGCUGGUGGAGGGAGGAGAGGAGGGCCUGCUGCACCAGCUGGGCCUGGAGAGAGACUGCCAGCACUAUGACUAUCUAACCCAAGGAGAGUGUGCCAUCGUGUCUUCCAUUAACGACAGAAAUGACUGGAAAACGGUCAAAAAUGCACUUCAAAUCAUCAACAUUGAUGAGAUUAACAUUAAUCACUUAUUUGGGACCGUUGCGAGUGUUCUCCACUUGGGAAAUGUGCGCUUUGACUCCGACAGUAAAGGACGGGCCCAACUUAACGAAAACAAUGCAGAGCUGCGCUGGGUCUCAGAUCUACUUGGAGUUGAUGCUCACAGUCUCCAGGAGGGACUCACAUACAGGAAGAUUGAAGCCAAAAAAGAUCAGGUGCUCAGCCCGUUCACAAUCGAUCAUGCCAUCUAUGUGAGAGACGCGUUGGCCAAAGCCAUCUAUGGACAGACCUUCACCUGGCUGGUCAACAGGAUCAACGAGUCCAUGGAGAACAAAGACCUUUCAAGGAAGAAUGUAAUAGGGCUCUUGGACAUAUAUGGAUUUGAGGUGUUCUAUGUGAACAGUUUUGAGCAGUUCUGUAUAAACUACUGCAACGAGAAGUUGCAGCAGCUUUUCAUCCAGUUGACACUCAAGGCCGAGCAAGAAGAAUAUGAAGCGGAAGACAUUGAAUGGGAGCCAGUUCAGUUCUUUAACAACAAGAUCAUCUGUGACCUGGUGGAGGAGAAACACAGAGGCAUCAUAUCUAUCCUGGAUGAGGAGUGUCUCAGGCCAGGAGAUGCCACAGAUCUUACUUUCCUGGAAAGACUGGAAGAAAGGAUGUCCAAUCACCCUCACUUUGUCACGCACAAACUGGCUGACAAAAUGACGCGUAAGACACUGGAGAGGGGAGAUUUCCGUCUCCUGCAUUAUGCCGGGGAGGUCACCUACUGCGUUGUGGGUUUCCUGGACAAAAACAAUGACCUGUUAUAUAAAAACAUAAAAGAUCUGAUUUGUCAGUCUAAAAAUGCCAUAAUCAGCGAAAGCUUCUCUACAAUGGAUUCAGACAGCAUGAGGAGACCAGAAACAGUGGCGACCCAGUUUAAGAGCAGCCUGCUGAAGCUGACAGACAUCCUAAUGGCCAAAGACGCCUGGUACAUACGCUGCUUAAAACCCAAUGAGUCAAAGCAGCCAGGUCAUUUUGAUGAAGCUCUGGUCAGACACCAGGUGAAGUACCUGGGCCUGAUGGAGCACCUCAGAGUCAGGAGAGCCGGUUUUGCAUACAGACGCAAAUAUGAGGUCUUCUUAAAAAGAUAUAAACCUCUGUGCCCCGCCACAUGGCCUCACUGGAGAGGACUUCCCGCUGAUGGAGUGGAAGUGCUGGUUCAACAUCUGGGCUACUUGCCGGAUGAGUACAAAAUGGGACGUACCAAAAUAUUCAUCCGUCAUCCGAGGACACUAUAUGCCACGGAGGAUGCAUUCGAGAAAUGUAAACACGAUCUGGCAACAAGGCUCCAGGCGAAAUACAAGGGAUACAAAGCGAAGGGAGAGUUCAGAAAACAGAGAGAAGCGGCCACAAAGAUUGAAACGUGCUGGAGAGGAGUGCAGGCUCGGAAGGAGAGAGACAGGAGAGCCUGGGCUGUCAAAGUCAUCAAGAAAUUCAUCAAAGGUUACAUGACCAGAGGACAAGCGAAAAACACAGAUAACUCAGAGUACCUGGCCUUUGUGAGACAGAACUACUUGAACAGGCUCAAAGGCAACCUGCCGAAGACGGUUUUGGAUAAAACUACCUGGCAAACUCCACCGGCAGUGUUGGCGGAGACAUCAGAGAUCCUGCGAAAGCUUCACUACCGCCUCAUGGUGCGGAAGUAUGUGAGAGGAAUCACUCCCCAAAAAAAAGCCCAGUUUCAAAUGAAGCUUCUUACCAGCUCCAUCUUCAAGGGCAAGAAGGAGAGUUAUCCACAGAGUGUCGCUCAACCUUUUGUGGACACCAGAAUUAGUGAACAAGACAUCAACAUGAGGGUUCUCCAGAUGAUUCGCAAUGAGCACAUUAAGUACGGUGUCCCGGUGAUCAAGUACGACAGGAACGGCUUCAAACCGAGGCCACGACAGCUCGUCCUCACCCAGAGAGCCGCCCAUGUGAUCGAGGAGGCCAACAUCAAACAGACAGUGCCGUACACCUCGCUCAAAGGUAUUUCGGUCAGUAACUUGACGGACGGGAUCGUCGUAUUCCACAUAGCAUGUGAGGUCCCUAAACAGAAGGGGGCCCUUAUCAUGCAGUGCGACACGUUGUUUGAGUUUUUGACCAAACUCAGUAUCAUUGCUAACAAACAGAAUGCAAUCCAAGUGGUUCAUGGGAGCAUCCAGUUUGAAAUCCAGGCGGGUAAAGAGAGCGCGGUGGACUUCAGCAGCGGACAGGAGCCCACGGUCUACAAGGCCAAGAACGGACACCUCAUGGUGGUUGCCGCUCGGGCUCGGACGCGGUAACGUGUGUGGGGUUUGGAAGACACACGAGAAGCCACUGCAUGUUUCAUUAGGAGACCCCCGAGGGGAGAUCAACGCGUCCGACAGAAACACACCUGGCCAGAAGCACUUAGCAUCUCUGAAUGAGCUUGCUUUGUUGAACGGCAGCACGUUUCGCAUCUGUACAUAUGAGUUACACUGCCUGGACUGUGAACCAAACAAAACUUCUUAAAUGCACUUAUUGAUAAAAUGCUUCAAAAAAUGGGAAAUUUGGAUCCUCCCACUGAAGCCAUGUGUGUUAUACUUUUGUAUUUCCGCUGACAAUGAUAACACGCUAAAUAGAAGAACCACAAAAGCA